UCUCAUGUCAUUUGUGCUAUUACUGUUGCACGAAGCAGCAGCCAUUGAAGUACCACAAGACCCAAAGAUCCUGCAAGAGCUGAAGCAGCCUCCCACCAUCGUCAAACAGUCAGUGAAGGACUACAUUGUCGACCCCAGAGAUAACAUCAUCAUCGAGUGUGAGGCCAAGGGCAACCCAGUGCCAACGUUCUCAUGGCGAAGGAACGGGAAGUUUUUCAACAUCGGGAAAGAUCCCAGGGUGACGAUGCGAAAACGCUCGGGAACUCUGGAGAUCGGUUUCCGUAGCGGAGGACGACCAGAGGACUAUGAGGGGGAGUACCAGUGCUUUGCCACAAAUGACCACGGAGUGGCUCUGUCCAACAAAAUCCUGCUCAGGGUCUCCAAGGCUCCAUUGUGGCCUAAAGAGGUGCUGGAGCCGGUCGUGGUGACUGAAGGCACACCGCUGGUGCUAGCCUGCAACCCCCCACCAGGCCUGCCUCCUCCGUUCACCUUCUGGAUGAACAGUGCGAUGAUUCCGAUCCCUCAGGAUAAGAGGGUGUCCAUGGGCCUGAAUGGAGACCUGUACUUCUCCAACGUCUUGAUCAAAGACGCUCACACCGACUACUGCUGCAACGCUCGCUUCCUCUUCACACACACCAUCCAACAGAAGAACCCCUUCACACUCAAAGUCCUGACGAGCCGCAAAGUAGCCGAGUCCACGCCGAUCUUCCUCUCCCCCUCGGGGACCGAGAGCUCCAAGAUGGUGCUACGGGACGAGCAACUGCUGCUGGAGUGUAUUGCUGCUGGACUUCCGACACCCACCAUCAAGUGGUUUAAGAAGGGUGGGGACCUGCCAGCCAAGAAGGUGAAGUUUGACAACUACAACAAGACCCUGAAGAUCAUCAACGUGUCAGAGGAGGAUGCUGGGGAGUACGUUUGCAUGGCCAACACCCAUUUAGGCAUCAUACGCCACUCCAUCUUUGUCCAGGUCAAAGCGGCUCCUUAUUGGCUCGACAAACCCACCAACCUGGUGCUCGCUCCGGAGGAGAACGGCCGGCUGGUGUGUCGGGCCAACGGCAACCCCAAACCCAUCAUCGAGUGGAUGAUCAACGGACAGCCUAUAGAGAACACUCCCCUCAUCCCCAUCAGACCCCAGGUUCUUGGUGACACCAUCAUCUUCCGCUCGGUGCAGAUGGGAAGCAGUGCUGUCUACCAGUGCAACGCCUCCAACCAGCACGGCUACCUGCUGGCCAACGCCUUCGUCAGCGUCCUCGACAUGCUCCCGAGGAUGCUAGGCCCUAAAAACCAGCUGAUCAAAGUCAUUGUGAACAACCGCACCUUCCUAGACUGUCCUUUCUUCGGAUCUCCUCUGCCGGACCUCCGCUGGUUUAAGAACGGACAGGGCAGUGGGCUGGACGGAGGUCACUACCGCGUUUACAUCAACGGCACCCUGGAGAUCAAACGGACCCGAGCAGAGGACGAAGGCACCUACACCUGUGUGGCCAACAGCAUGCUGGGCAAGGCAGAGAACCAGGUCCGCCUAGAGGUCAAAGAGCCGACUCGUAUUGUUCAAGUCCCGGAGCACCAGUCGGCCGUCAGGGGCUCCCUGGUUCACUUCGACUGUAAGGUGAAGUCUGACCCCAGCCUGCCCAUCACUGUGGCCUGGACCAAGGAUGACAAGCCUCUCUCCCUGGGCUGGAGGCUGAGGAAAGACGGGGAGUCGCUGCUCAUCCCUAAUGUGAACGAGGGGGACGAGGGAACCUACACCUGCACUGUCACAUCUGAGAUAGACCAGGACUCCGCCUCAGCCCGCCUCACGGUGUUAGAGGAAGCCUCCCUCAACCCCUCUAGUGCCUUGCCUCCAGACCGUCCAGAUCCUCCCGUGGAACUGGAUCUGUCUGACCCCACAGCCCGCAGCGUUCGUCUCACCUGGAUCCCCGAAAACGACCACCGGAGCCCAGUCACAGAAUUCCUGGUCCAGUUUGAGGAGAACCGUUGGGAGCCGGGCAGGUGGCAGAACCUAUCCACAUACCCCGGAGAACUCAACUCUGUCAUCCUGCAGCUCGCCCCCUACGCCAACUACCAGUUCAGGGUCAUCGCCAUCAACGCAGUGGGCCAGAGUCAGCCCAGCCGGCCCUCGCCACGGUACCUGUCCAACGGAGCUGCUCCAGAUGCCAUCCCCAGAGGUCUACGAGGAUGGGGAACCAAGAAGGACAAUAUGGAGAUCACCUGGGAGCCUCUGCUUAAUCUGGAGAGGAACGGGCCAAACCUGCACUACAGCGUGUGGUGGAGACGGAAGGAUUUGGGAGAAGGGUGGAGUAACGUGACCACGGUGGAGUCCAAACAUGUCAUCCACAACACAGAGACCUACAUGCCUUAUGAGAUCAAAGUCCAGGCCAGGAAUGAGUUUGGAAAGGGACCUGAGUCUAAUGUGGCCGUUGGAUACUCCGGAGAGGACAAGCCCACCGACGCUCCUGCUGACCUGCGGGUGUCAAAGGUUGACAGCACCAAGGCCAACUUGCACUGGACGCCCGUGGACAUGAGCUCUGUGCAGGGAGAGUUCAAGGAGUACAGGCUAUACUACUGGCGGGAGUCCAGUCUGGUUCUGGGUCUGGUGGUCAGUAAGGAGAAGAAGACCAAAGGUUUCUACAGCAUCGUGGCUGAGCCGUCCGGCAUCCUCAGCGACCUGGUGCCCUUCUCCAAAUACAAGAUGUUCCUGGUUGUGGCCAACAACGUCUUUGAGGGUCCACCCAGCAACACGGUGGACAUCACCACCAAGGAAGGAGUGCCAGAUGUACCACAGUUUUUCAGCAUUAACCGGAGAACUUUUGACACCGUCCACCUUGAAUGGGACAAACCUCUGGAGCCCAACGGCAUUCUGAUUGGAUACCAGCUCAAGUACCAAACAGUUAAUGGCUCCAGAGUGGGCCGUCCCCAGUUGGAGACUUUCACUCCUAAUGUGACAGUGUUUAACGUCCACAUGCCGAACCGAUCCACCCGCUACAAUUUCUACCUGUCAGCUCUCACCCAGGUGGGAUCAGGGAAGGUCUAUGCUUUGGAGUCCCCUCAAUUUGCCAAUGAAGCCUACAUAGACCAGGUAGACAUAGCCACUCAAGGCUGGUUCAUUGGCCUGAUGUGUGCCAUCGCCCUCAUCAUACUGAUCCUCCUCAUCGUCUGCUUCAUCAAGAGGAGCCGCGGGGGCAAAUACCCAGUCCGUGACAAAAAAGAUCUCCCCUUGGACCCAGUAGAUCAGAAAGAUCAGGACGGAUCCUUCGAUUACCCUGGUCUUGAAAGCAGCGACGAGGACAACAAGCCCCUCCAGGGCAGCCAGACGUCGCUGGACGGCAAUGUGAAGGAAAGCGACGACAGUCUGGUGGACUACGGCGAAGGUGGUGAUGGCCAAUUCAACGAGGAUGGCUCUUUCAUCGGCCAGUACACGGUGAAGAAGGACAAGGAUGAAACGGAGGGCAACGAGAGCUCUGAGGCCACCUCGCCCGUCAACGCCAUCUACUCGCUGGCGUAACGCUGUAGCACCAGGGGCCGCCCCUCUGACCAGAGGACGUUACGACAAACCACGGCACCACACAUCAGACACAAACACACACACACACACAUGAAUAUAUUACUAUAUGAAACAGAAAGACCGCAGCAGGGCCUGUCUGGAGACUGGGUAGGUUUCCUUCUACAGAUAAAGAGAACACAGGAGUGGAAUUAGAUCACACGCCUAUGUUUUAGUUUCCAGCUCGGAAAAAUUGGCCCAUUGGAGGUGGCGUUUGGACAAAGAGGACAGUGCUCGUCUUCCUCGGCUCUCUGCCUGCCUUUACACAGACUUGAAGUGUGCCUUUGGGGCAGCUUUCAGCACUUGGAGGCAUCGCCAAGCGUUCUCUAGAGAUUUUUCUUUGGUUCGUUUCUGCUUCAAACAUUUCAAGUGUCCCCGCUCUCCCCCCGAUGCGCCCCUCAUACCUCUGUGUAGCAUCCCCGUAAAGUACACACAAGAGGUACCGGACACACAUACACACACACACUGGCCCGUCCUAUAACAUAUCAGCUUCUAACCAUCAAACUCAACAGGAUGCCGGCAGAUAUGUUUAUCAUAUUGAUAUUUACGCAAUGAAAGAUUUUAGUUUUUCCACAGCUGGUAGACGAGUCAUUGAUUCUUAAUGAGUGCUGUAUUCAGUCAUGGCACACAUUGUAGUGCCCUGCAAAACUAUGCACUAUCACCCCCUCCAUAGCAUUCUGGGUUUAACCUGGUUAGUAAAAGUACACGUUUUGAUUUUCUUUUUUUUACCACUCGUCGGCUAAAUCACAUGCUUUUAUUCAUUCUGCCUUGUACGAUGUGGUAGACAUGUUUUUCUUACUCUACUUCAAAAUGGCUGCCACAAGAAAGGCUAUUUCUGCCACAAGCACCAAGCUCUGCUACAGUAUGUUAUUAAUGUAGACUUAUUUUGGAGCAUGGUAGUAGCUUAGUGCAAGAGAAAUGGAAGGCAACAGACAGGAACGUACGCUUCGCUUGAGAAACUCCAGUAGACCACAACCCAGUGAAUUCCCUAGUUAGCAUGCAGGGUAAUGCUGCAUUCAUGUCCAAUUGGAACGACUGUCGGUUGACAGCGAAAAUGUUGACAGAUGUUUCUGUUUUUCUUUUGUUUAUUUUUUCGUUUAUUAAUUGUUACACACGGUACUUUUGAAAGUACGUUUUAUACCAAACCAGACAUUGCAAUCCAACAUGGUGAUCACAUAAUGACUUAUCAUGAGAGGGGGAAAGGGGUUUUUAAAUGGAUAUAUAUUCUUCUACAAAUUCCUCUACCUGCAUUUAUUUUCUCAAUUGUGACCACCAGAAUUGUGGAAGCUUGGGGUCCCAACUCCAAAUUUCCAAAUGAGUUUUUUGCUCCAGAAAAUGUAGAUAUGCAAUCAUUGGAAAUAUCUACGUUCUCUCCCAUGGGACAUGAAUGCAGCACAAGAGGCUAGGAUCCUUCGGCUGUUUUCAGACUACAUCAAUGCCUUGCAUUUUGCCCACAAAUGUGUUUUCUUCUUUUUUCAGACGAUACAUUGUAUCUGUUCAGGAAACAAAAAGUAAAUGCUUUGAGUGCUAACAUCAGCUUAACACAAACCACAAACUGUAUACCUAUUAGUUAAUAGUACAGUUUUAAUUCAUGAAGACUACUUACCUGAAAUAUCAAGGACCACAGUAAUUUACCGUUUUUUUAAAUCAAAAAUAAUCUUCAACUCAAAUUAUAAGAUUGCUUCUGUUAAAAAAGUAGCGUGCAAAAAGCUUCACUCAUUGAAAACAGUUACAAAAAGCUUCUAAAAAGCUCUCUGUCUGAUCUUAAACAACCAAUAUAGAGACGUUAGCUGUCAGCUAGCUAAUUAACAUACAUAGGCUCCCAACCUCCAGUUCUGCCACUUCCUUCCAGGCUCUUUUCUUGUCUUGAAGAGUCAUGAAGUAACGGAAUAGUCGAAAAGUUGUGUGAGCAUCAGCAUGGACAUAUCUUUGGCUCAGUUAAUUUGUAUUAAUGUGUGACCUCUCAUGUUUGUGCAUUGACUUCGUAUGCAAUCACAGCAUUCUCUUGGUGUGUAGUCUGAACCCACCUAUACAGAAGGAUUGCCACCUCUGUCCCUCCCUCUAGGUUUUAUAAAUGCAAUUAAUUUGCUAAUCAUUACAGAUGAAAAAAAGACAGCGUUAGCGACGCGUAGAACACUUGAAUUAAAUGACUGAAAUUACAGCAUGAAAAUAUAUAAAUCAAAUUCACAGCCACCUUUGAAAUGAAACGUUUCAACUUAUUUUUUUGCAGAGGAAGAAAGAAAAAAGAAAACAGUACCUUUUAGAAACUAAUUUAAGCUCAGUAUUCCACUUGUCCUACAACCAUAUUUGUCACAUUUUUGUUCUGUUAGCAGAACUAACCGUGUUUCAUUAUUUUGUUCUAGAUAUUCACAUUUUGUUUACAGCAUCCUUUUGGUACUCAAACUGUAGUUACCUGCUACUCAACAGCACUAUUAAACCCUCCACUGCUAAAUCCGAAAGAUCUUUACUGCAGUUAGCGACUGGAGUUCACAUUGUAUUUCAAAUAUUUAUUUUAUAUUUCUAUUUAUUACAUUAUGUGAAUAGUAUUAAUAUUAGUUCUUGAUUUCAUAAUUGUUAUAUACACAUUGUUGACCAACUCAUUUUGUUGAUUCACGCCAGAAACAAGCCAGAAAUAAAGAUGUCUCCAGAAUCUGUCAUUGUUCAUCAUGAGAGGCAUUCAACACAAUAUGUUCCAGAUAUUUGUGAUAUUUCUAGCAGCUGGCUUAUCCGCUAUAAACAAAACAACAUACCUGUCAUGUGUAUCUGUCCAUCGUGCUGCUCUUCUCGUAUUCAUGUUGUAUUACAGUUACUCUGUGUUGUUAUUCAGAUUCAUGUAAAAUAACCUUUCCGCCUCACAGAUAAUUAAUAUUGUUGCUCAUUAUUUAUUUGACAUAUAUUCUGUACCUGUAGGUCCUGAAAAAAAAAAUUAUAUUUGUAAAUAUUUCGAUAAGUCGAUUCCCCCAGAAAAAUGCUUUAUCCAAGAACGAGACAAAAAGUCACACUUCUGUAUCCACCAAACAUGUGACAGGUGCCUCUUUAGUCUGUGGAGCACCUUUGUAAUGUAGCUUUGACUAACAUCUGAAAAAGUAUCGAGAAUCACCUUUCACUCCAUGUUGCCCUUUGCUUUGACAUGGCACUGACUGUGGCACGUCUAUUAGUCACUUGUUUGAUGAUGGUUUGGAUUCUGUAUUGGGAAAGAGGAACAAGUUAGAUGCUCUAUGAUGUAAAUAAGACGUAAGCGCUCAUGCAAUAUUCUGUUUGUAGCAUUGUCGCACACAGACUGAUAGUAGGCCUAAAAGAACAUGAAUUCAAUGCCUAUUGUUGCAUAGUUAGUCCAAUUUCAGCGGCCUCCUUAAUAGGACCAAUUCAUACUUUUUGUAACCGGACGCUAUGUCCCCGCACAUGCUCCAGUUCCGUUCCACACUCCAGUCCAGUUGGUGGCGUAUGCACAUCUAGCUGGUUUGCCAAGAAAAAGAAAAAAACAUCACAGACUUUGCUUUGUAGAGAAGUUUUGCAAAGAGAUUAAAUAAUUUGUCUAUAAAGGACCACGAAGACAGACAAAUGGCGUUACCACUACCAAGUGAAAAGGAGUGUGGAUUGUGAAAAAUAGAACUGAUAGAAACCAGAACCGACAGUGGGUUUUACUCCCAGCAGUCCCUAUUUACAUCCUGCACUAGCUUUACAUCAGUCCGCUUUAUCUGACAUAACAAGUUGACAAGGAUCACUUAAAUGCACAAUUAAACAUUUGACUGGCCCACAACGGAUUGACCAAAUUUGGAUAAAAGAAGGCUUUAAUUCCUUUCUCAUUUGGAGGAGCCUUCUAAGUAGGACAGACUUUAUCAGGACAAGGAGGCCCCUGAAAUGGAAAACUAAAUUUGUCCUAAUGACAGGCCGCCAUUUUGAAAAGAGUUCUGGCCUGGUAUUUCUCACCCCUUUUUAAAAAGAGAUGUCUGAUUCUCCAAAAACACAACCUUUCUGUCAGUAAUCCCCUCUUCCAAAAAUCUAUGUUCCAUUAUGUCUCUGCAGAAACUCAAAGCAAUAUCCUUUUAAUCAUCUGGGUGUUUUCUCUGAUGCCUUCAUGUUAAAUUAAAAAUAUACACUUUUAUUAAUCCCCAAGGGGAAAUUAGUUCUCUGCAUUUAACCCAUCCUUAGUUAUUAAGGAGCAGUGGGCUGCGGUGAAGCGCCCGGGAAGCAACUGGGGGUUCAGUGCCUUGUUACAGUCUGACCACAGGGGAUUGUUAGUUUGAGGUACCCAGCACAGACAUCUUGACAAGAACAGAAGACCGCUGCUGACAUCGAAGAAAACAGGAAGAAAAAGCACUGAGGGGUCAAACAUUGGGAUGGAAUUUAUAAACCCAAACUGUCUCACCAGACUUGUUUUUUCCAGAUCUGGUCUGGAAACCUGCACCUCCCUCUUCCCACAUGGCCUUUCCUCCUUCCUCCACUUCAGUGGAUCACAGUGGGGAAAUGUUGUAAACUGGCUGUAUAACAAAGAAAAGAGAAUUCUGCAUAUUUGAUGAUGAAUAGUGCUUUCUUUCUUGUCCUUUUAUCUGUGCACGUUGACUCUCUUUCUACGGUCCGCAUUGUCUCAACUCCCCUUUAAUGGAGGAGAAGAAGAUGUCAAUGUGCAGCUUUGUAUUUUUUUCAUUUCAAAAUGCUGCAAAGUGUAGAAUUUAAAUUGUGAACACACAAGAUUUGCAACUGGACGUUUUUUUAACGAUUGAUCACAUGCUGUUUGGCUUUUUUAAAUAUGAAUUCUAAUGUUAGUAUCUUGUUUUUACCAUUAUGUAUCAGAGCAGCUCGUCAAAGUCCCGCUUCAACAUGCAAAAUAAAAGCUUUUGUAAGGUACAUACUCAAGAGAAAAUGGCAUAAAUAUAUUCACCAUGUAUGCGUGUAUGAUGAGAUGUUGCAACUUCUGCUAGCGACGCCUUCUUUAUAGUAAAGCUAUCUCCUUUUCUCUA